AUGGAGUUACGAUCAGUUACACAGUCAGGUUCAAACAAACAUGCCGUGAUGAACAAGACAGAGUCGAAUGCCUCCCAGAAUGGCACAAUAUUAGGAAACUUGAAUAGUGUUGGUGAUGUCGUAGAAAUUGCAUGUAACACCGGAUACAAAUACAGGGAAGCUAAUGAGACUAAACAAGCGGUAUGUCUUCCCAAUGGUAACUGGAGUAUGAAUGGCACAGACUGCGUAAAAGACGGCAAUACCACCCAAUAUUUUAGUGGAAGAUCCUGCUUUCAUACAGACCUCCAACAAGACCCAUGGUGGCGGGUUGAUCUUGGGGCGAUAUGUGAAAUUCACAGUGUAAAACUGUUCAAUAGACUGGACAGUAAGAGAGUAGCGAGAAGGGCAAGUAACAUGACGUUGAGUGUUGGUAUAUCCCAGCAGUCCAUGCAACAAGUUGGUUAUGUUCCAGGUCAGAUUGACGACAUCCAUACGUUCAGUUUCCUUGGUGGUAUAGAGGCACGAUAUGUUCAAAUAACUCACUUAGGAUAUGAAUAUUUGCAUCUGUGUGAAGUACAAGUGUUUGGUUUUUUAGAAUAA